GUCUGUUUGUUACAACUGAACCAAAUUAGAACUUAGAUUUUAAAUUACAAUGUCAAACUUUUUUCUGUCAUUGUGUUUCCUCUCUCUCUCUCUGUCUCUCUAUCUGUAGUUGCCAUCGGAGACAGCGUCGUUAGAUACAGAGUUUCCCAUGGCGACGGUGGAGCUCCUCCCCCGGCUGUGUCACAUGGUGAAGGGGGAGCUGGGAUACGGGUUCAACCUGCACAGUGACAGAACACGGCGAGGACAGUUCAUACGCAGCGUGGAUCCCGGGUCCCCCGCCCAACACGCAGACCUCAGAGCCCGGGACAGGCUGGUGGAGGUAAAUGGAGUGAACAUCGAGGCGUUGAGACACUCAGAGGUGGUGGCGUUUAUACGUGGCGGGGGGGACGAGACACGCCUCCUUGUGGUCGACGCGGAAACAGACGAGCUGUUCAAGAGGCUCGGGGUCACGCCCACCAGCACACAUGUCAGAGAGGUCUAUGUGGACGAGCCAAUGACAGACAGCGCCCCACCCACCCCCUCUUCAACCACUGACCUCCCUCCAAUGGAUCCACCAAUCAUCAACGUCACCCUGACGGGCUCACCAAUCACAAACGGCUCGCCCAAUUCACAGACCAAUUCCCAGUACUCACGUGGCUCGACUACCCAAUCAGAAUUCAGCAGCUCAGAUAUGAGCAUUCAGGUCCCUGAGGAUUAUGAGCGCCGUGUUUCAGACCCGUUCCUGGACAGCGGACUGCAUCUGAGCCCCACGGCAGCCGAGGCCAAAGAGAGGGCCCAACACGGCAAGAAGAGAGCGCCCCCUAUGGACUGGAGCAAGAAACAGGAGAUCUUCAGCAACUUCUGAGAACCACACAGAACCACACAGAACCUUCACAACCAUGUUCUUAAGUCUGUCAAGGUUGGUAAAGGUCUGGCACAGGGACACACCAUAACCAAUGUUGGCCGUGCGCAGUAGAUCAUCAGCCCGGAGACAAUGUCAUCGUGGGAAAUUAAUAGCAAAUGGCAGCCAAUGAUCUGUGGUGAGAGGCGAUAGGAGGACCUCCCGCUGCUGCACGGCUGACGUUCGUUAUGGUGUGUCAUGUGACAGAGCGUCACCAGCCAAUCAAGAUAAAAGGCUGCAGUGGCUCUGAAACAAUUCUGAGAAAAACACAGAAAGCCUCUGUCCCCGGCAGGAUCUGAACCCUGGUCUCCCACGGGACAAACCAACAUCUUAACCAUUAGACAAAGAGGAAAUUCCCUACGGUCUGAGGGCCAACACUUAUUGUGAAGUCACAAGCGGGGCUCCCUCAUCACGUGACCAUGAGCAGCCAUGACCGUCCCAUGAACGUCCCAUGCUACACCUCUAUAUACCACUACUAUGGAUUAUUACAGUACCUUAGGAUGAGGAUAAAUCAUGUUGAUGUAUUUAGCCAGGAUAAUUGACUCAGUUCCACUUGUUUCCAUGGCUCUUGUUUCCAUGGCUCCUAAACGUUUCUCAGAGCUGUGACUUUACUGAAAGUUUUUUUUUCCUUCUACAGCAACUAGUAAGAAACAUUCACUGGCCCAACCGCCACACACCGAACCCCACCUCUUCACCCUCCACAGAAAAACAGGGUGGAUUGCUUCCCAAAAGACUGAGAUGUGGGCCUGUAUCCACAAAGUGUCUCAAAGUAGGAGUACUGAUCUAGGAUCAGUUUAGAGUUUUUUUAAUGUCAUAAUGAAUACAAUAAAUCGUAUAGGGAAGGAUCUGAUCCUAGUUUUAUUAGAUCUCACGGACUGAGAUCUAACUCCAAGGCACAAUAAAUCUACGGUUUCACGAGACUGCGAUGCCGACCACUAUUGUCCAGAGUUCCAGACGGAACUCUUUUCAGGUCAUAUUGAACCCUUUUUGGUUCCACAUAGAACCUCUUGAUUCAAAUAGAACUCUUGAAAGGCUGCUGUUUGGAACCUAAAGGGGUUAUCAUCUGACCUGGUUCUACCUGGAACCUUUUCCAGAGUUGGUUCAACAGGGACAAAUGGUUCUACAUAGCCCUUUUGAGAGUAUAGAAGCGAGCUUCUCAGAUGUAUAAAUGAGGUACGUAGGAACCACAUCACGUCAUAGACACGGACGUCUGAAUGAUGGACAGACUGAUGGGAUGAAUCAAAGUCAUCUGACUGUGAGAUGAAGAGAGUCUGACUCUGAGAAACAGAGACAAACGCUCAAAUGAGUGUGAUGGGCGUCACAGAGGUAGAGAAAGAAAGUCCAGGAUCUCAAUGGAUUUUCAGGUGAAGAGAUACGAGUUACUAAAGUCCUUUGUAAUGAGUGAAGAGGAGACACAUUGGGAAUUGGGUGCAUUGCAUUGGGUUGAUUGAACUCUACUGCAUAAAUGUUGCCUAAACUGCAGAGAGAGACUUGUGUCGAUGUGUAGGCCAACAAAUGCCUGAACGGUUAGCCAUUAAGAUAAAAACACUAUUUAUGUGAUUAUGACUGAGUUAUAUUAUUCUAUGAUAUUAUUAGCAAUUUGUUUACAAACUGUGUUCUUCUAGAAUUGAAAUAUUUGGUUUUUAUUCUGUUACAAUUUUUGGUUCGAAAGUAAGACAUACCCAGCUAGCUUUGUCUGCUGUCCAGAACAGAACUCUGAGUUGAAGGAAGAAAUGUGAGGAGCCAGGUUCAGCUCUAGAUUUGAAAUGUGAGGAGCCAGGUUAAGCUCUAGAUUUGAAAUGUGAGGAGCCAGGUUCAGCUCUAGAUUGAAAUGUGAGGAGCCAGGUUCAGCUCUAGAUUUGAAAUGUGAGGAGCCAGGUUCAGCUCUAGAUUUGAAAUGUGAGGAGCCAGGCUCAGCUCUAGAUUUGAAAUGUGAGGAGCCAGGCUCAGCUCUAGAUUUGAAAUGUGAGGAGCCAGGUUCAGCUCUAGAUUUGAAAUGUGAGGAGCCAG